CCGGAAGUGACGCACUAUAAACAAUAUGGUGGAAUAAAUAUUUUUGUUUUAAGUUGAAUGAAAAUGCAAGUUGUAACAAGACGAUUAUGACUUUUGCAAAUUUUUCAGUAAUUGGAAGAGAAACUGUGCAAAGACUUUCCAUCAGAUAAGAAGACAACAUAAGAAUUCCCAUGGAAAAUCCUGAAGAAAUACUACCUGAAAUUUUAGCAACAUUGUUUACAACAUCCUCACCUGCUACUGAACUCGAGUCACUUAAGCUAAUUCAUAAACAGUUGCGUUCCCUGUCUUCAAUUAAUAACAGAAAUGCUUCAGACUUUGAUCUUAAAUUUACUUUGUCUUCACUGGAAGGAAAUCCAUACCAAGAUGUUGGUAUUGAAGUAUUAUGUAAAACGCAAAAUUUACUGAACAAAUUUACAUGCUACUUGUUAGAGCGGAGGUUUGGUUGGUCAGAGUCCAAUCAGGAAACUGGAGGACGUCGUGUUAGAAGAAUGUCAUGUACCGGAGUUACCCUAGAAGCUAGUGAUGGACAACAGAAAGCUUUUAUCAAUGAUCUUAUAGACAGUUUGAUUCAAUGGUUGAUACAUCAGAAAAUCACAGAAUCACUUUUAAAGUCUUUUGAAUACACAUUGAAGCAAGUAACAAACAUGCCUGUUGUCAGAAACAGAGCUGUGGUUCACAUCAUGGAUUGGUUAAAAGAAAACAGGGAGAAUCUCAAAACAUGUUUAUCCUGUGCCACAAUACUGGUGUUGAUACAGAUGUCAUUAACAGAUGUGUGGUCAGCUAUCAGAAAUUCUUGUUCUAAACAGUUGGGUCACAUUACACCAUACCUGCCACUCCAGUACCAAGAAGAACUCUUUAAUCAGCUAGUCACAAUUUGUAAGUGUCUCAAAAGUUCCUGGCAGGCCAAAGAGGGUGCAAUCAUGGGUAUAAAUGCUAUGGUACAUCACUACCAAGACAAAACAGAUGUCAACUUUGGAUUGGAGGAGGAAUACAAGAAAUGUCCACCACCAGAAUAUAUAUCUAGUCAAAUAAUAGAUGUUGUGUUUACACUCCUAUCUAACCCACAACUUACCAUCAGAGAGAAUGCAGCAAAAGCUAUUUCAGGAUACAUUUCCUCAGCUGAUGUGAAGGUAGCAUUGUCUACAUUUGAACAAGUACUGACUCUACUGAGAAAUGAUGUCUUUGUUUCAGACGAAGUACAUACAGUUAUGUUACCAAUAGAAUUGUUGGAUGACUAUGCAGCAGAAGGUUUCUUAAAUGUCAGUUUGUUUAUACUCAAAGUUUUGCCAUUGAAAGUACUGUUACCAAGAUGGCCUCAAUAUGUAUCAACAUUUCUCUUAUAUCUAUCUCAUCAGGCCUCCACAGUCAGGCAGGCAGCCAGUAAUAUAUUCAAAUAUCUUGUUGCAAAGAGCAGUCAUUGUGUUGUAUUAGUUAAACUGGUUCUACAGUGUUUGAUUAAGGACUGGGAACCAGACAUAACCCACCUGACAAUACCACAUGACCACCACCAUAGUAUGUUAUCUCAGGGAUCAACGAUACCUUCUGUAAACUCUGCAAAAGGUUUACCCUUGUUACAAGCUUGGGAAAGUAGAGAAGGGAGACUGUUUGCAUAUGAACUGAUUUUGAAGUAUUUGUUGAAAAACCACUGGCUUUAUACAUUUGGUCCUGCAGGUGCUGGGUUUAUUGAAAAGUAUCAAAAUACAGAAACAGAGGCUGAUGGUAGAGGUGAUGGUAUAACAGGCAAUGGAUCACACAUGCUGUACAAGUCACACACCAUAGAUGCAGGACAAGAGAGUAUUACAAGGAAACUUCAGUAUUCUAAAUCAGAAAAAUCUAUGUUUUAUGUUUCUCAGCAUCAGAAUGGUACAGGGGAGAGGUCUCAUAGACAUACUCAUUCCCUGUCUGAGAGUCUUGAAUCUCCUUAUAAUCUGAAUGGGUCCAGUACACCUAUAGAAUCCUCUUGUAAUCACGGGUCAGAGGAAGUGUUUCAUAAUGGACCAAGUCAGUUAGAUACAACAUACUCAAUACUAAUGCAAAUACAGGUGCUAGAAAGAUCAAAUAAAAAGAAAAAUCAAAAGAAUUGUCAGCAUUUUAUGCAUAGUACAUCAUUAGAGGAGGUGGAGAAAUUACUCAAAAAUAGUCAACAGAAUAAUUCUAAAAUUGAAGAACUCCUCAGAAAAGAUGUACAUGUAGUUGAUGUGGAUUUUCUCAGCAAUAUCUUAAUAACAAUUCUUCAUCAGACUUUACAGUGUAUGUCAGACAAUCAGUGGGAACUCAAACGGAUGUCUAAACAGGUUUUACCAUGUUUAGCAGAGGUGAUACGAUGGUAUGACAUCAAUAUUUUAGAGAAUAUCUGGAAAGCUUACUUGCCAAAGAAAACUUGCCUGUUGACAUAUGCUGCUUCUGUGAUGUUAAAGGAAUCAGUUGUGCAUUGUGUCAAGUUACUUCCCUUGUUACAGAAACCACCUAAUGCAUGGCAGGACCAUGACAUGUGUAAACGAGUAAUAUCCAAAAUAGUCUCUAGUGUGACAGUGAAUAUACAGAGUUACCUCCCCUAUAUUGACAUAUUAUUACAACGACCAGUGUUUGACAGAUUAUCAGUGGUGUCUGCCAGCACUAUUAUAGCAGCACACAGUUAUUUCAACAUUCCAAAUGACCAGAGAUUUAGUCAGAUAGCUACCUUGUUGUCUUUCUGGAAGUUACUGUUUUGUUUUUCUCACCCUAAUACUAGAAUUUCCAAAGAGUUAUUACAGGGAGCAGAUAUACGACUCUUCUCCUCACCUUUUGAAGGAUACCUCAGCUGUUGUCUGGUGAAACCAGAGACAAAACUACAGUGUGCCAAACAGGUAGAGAAGUUUUUUGUGACAGAAGUCCACCAUGGGAUCAAGCCAUUCCUUCUGAGUUUACCUGUAGAAAGUUCCUCACUUAUGUUACCUGUUAUAGCACAUUAUACUGGACUAUUUAUAGAUAAUAAUCACGUCUGUAAAACUAUGUGUGAUUGUUUGAAUUCCUUGGGUUCUAAGAUAACAGAUUUUGUGAGUGGUUUGACUGAUCAACAACAGAUGCAGGGUUGUCUAAAGUGUAUACAUCUGACACUGAAGGAACUAGCAGCUAUAAUUACAAUGAAGACUGCAGACCUACAUAUGGUACAGAAGAUUCUCUCAGCUUAUUUAGUCCUGUGUAAGGUCAUUAAUCCUACCAGACAUCUUAGGAUUAUACUGGUGGCUAUAUGUUCUAGAGUUAGUGAUAAUGUGUAUUUUAACAUGGAGCAUUCCCCACGACAGGAUGAUGACUUUAACCUGUUAUCCAAUGAUAUCCCUAUGUCUGGUAGUCCUGACUGUAUAGAUGAGUGGGACGGUGAAGAUACAGCUAUUAUGGCAAACAGUCCUGGCACAUUUCCUGAAUGUUUGACCUUGAACUUGAGUAAUAACAGUGGUAGUUUACCAUCAGGGAGACUCAGUGCUCUUAGUCAGCAUAGUGACAGGGGAGGUAAUAAAUCUCCAGCUAACAGUGAUAGUGAAGACGAGAGUUCUGAUUGGGACAGCUGGGAUGAAGAACCUGAGGGACAUUCUGCAUUAAACGAGACCUUCUUUGAUUUUCUACAGAAACUGAAAAAGAUUUGCAGUUCAGGUUCAAAUGACAGUUUUACAUUAGAAGUAAAGAAAUUGGAAAGCAGAGAAAAGUCUUUAAUUAAAGGUUUACUGGAUUGGUAGAUGUAGGCUUAUCAUUGUUGUUAAUUUAAAAUAGGUUUACUACACUAAAUAUUUACUUGAUUAAAACCUAGUGAAUACCGAUAUAACAAAGACUGGAGAUUACUUGAUCAAAAACAGCUAGUGAUUACUUGAUCAAAAACAGAAUGAUGAUUAUUUGAUCAAAACACGCUAGAGAUUACUGGAUCAAACAUAACUGGUGAUAUAAACUAGAUCAAACAAAGGCUAAUGAUUCUUGAUCAAUCAAAGUCUUGUAAAAAAAAUAGAUAAAACAAAGACUGGUGUUGAUAUUUACUCGACCUAAAAGAUACUGGAUCAAACAAAUGUUUACUCAAUUAUCAUAUCAAAUGUUUCUAUUUUUCAUAAAUUUACAAUUCAUUCAGGGAGUUUUUUCAUUUCUAAAAGAAUUAUUCACUGGAUUUAUGAAAAAAAAAUUUCUUCAAUUUUAUUCUGCAAAUAGGUCUAGAUAAAUAAGUAAAAUUGUGAAAUCAGCUUAUUUUUGUAAUUUAUAGUGCCAAAUGAAAUGUGUUUCAUAAAGCUUCAAAUCUGCAUAUCCAUUACUUUUUUCUGAAAAAAUUUCAAGAUAUCCUCAUUUGAAAGUAGAGAUGAGCACAUGUUUUCGGUGCCUAACAAAUUUUCUUUUUUGUUAAGUUCAAGUUUUUGAUUAAUUGGUACAAGGAUUUGUGGUUUUUAUUUUUUUUCAUUGUGUUAUGAAUUCCUAGUCCUAAAAAAUUGAUAUUGACAAAUAUAUAGCUUUAAUUGUAUCACUGUGAUUGUCACAUGUCUGUCAUGUGAUAUUAUUCAGCAGUCAUGUGCUAAGUUUGUCUUAAUAUAUCUUGAUCUAGACCUGACUUGGAUAUAGAAUCUCGGUGACAAUUGUUGAUUAUUACUUUUUUUAGUAUUAUUAGGUAAAAAUAUAUUAUAAUUUAUUUGAAAAAUAAUGUAUUACAUGUACUUGUAAAUCGACCAUGCAUGAAAUCCGUUUUAAAUCAAAUAAUGAAAAUGAAGAAAAAAAAACCUAACAAAAAUGCAUAAAUUUUAAAUCUACCUUGCACAAGGGAAAUGUUUGAAAUCUUACUAUGCGCCCUAACUUUUUGAGGGGAUAUUGUUCUCAGAUCUCUAUAGAUUAAAGUUAACAAAUUAUAGUUGAUAGGAUGUUCAUUUGGAAAAGCAUUAUAUUCAUCCAUCCCAAUUUCAUGAAUAUCGGUGAAUAAUAUCAGUAAUAAAAUAUUAAUUUCACAUGUAAUCUUUCUCGUAAGGCCACACUUAAAAUUAUUUUGGUUUUGUCCAAACCUUGCCUUAAGGUUGAAACAGCA